GACCCAUCCUAAGAAAUGAGCUUUGUUUGUUCUUACUCACAGUCUCCUGAGUUUGUAAAGAUGCCUCAGCUCCUGGAAGAUGUCCUCUGUGUAAUCGAGACAUUCCGCAAGUACGCCAGGGUGGAUGGUGAUGAGGCGACGCUGACCUGCAGAGAGCUGAAAGAGCUCCUCCGGGGCGAGUUUGGGGACAUUCUUCAGCCACCUGCCACCACCCAGGCUACAGAGAGAAACUUGAAUCUUCCGGAUAUUGACAGCAAUGGCACCAUCAGUUUUGAUGAAUUUAUUCUUGCAAUUUUCAACUUGUUGAAAGUCUGUUGUCUUGACAUAGAAUCAUUACUUAAUUCAGAACCAAGACAAGUGUCUAAACCAGAGGAGAUACGAGAUGACAUGGAUCUUCAGGGGACCUGUGGAACUGGCCAGCGGACAGAGGGAACUUCAUCAACUCAAGACAAAGUGGUGUUUCCUUCAGAAAUGGCAUUCUCAACUCAGCUCAACCCUAAGGAAGUGGGAGCAGCUGGACACGAUAGGGUGAACCCCCAGGGAGACACUACAACUCACAAACUGCCAGGAGAAGCAUCCGGGCACGUUGACCGUAAGAACCAACACCUGGAAGGAGAUGAACAGAGCCAGGAAGGGGCCCAAGAUGUAGCAGCAAUAGGAGACAGCGGGGCCCAGCUGGAGACAAAGAAGCCAACAGUAGGAUCAGCACAGAUCAGCAGUCCCUCCAGGAGGAAGAAGCAAGAUCAGGAGGUUCUCAGGAAGGCAGGUAAACCAGCCAGGGAACAAGCUGGCACUAAGACAAGAGAGCAGUUUGGAGAACAGGAAGGGAACUUGGGAAUGCAAAGUUCUCCACCAGGAGAAACGACACAGAGACCAUCUGAAGAUCAGGACGCUGCAGGAGGAGAAAAGGGUGCUAAGGGGCCCUCUAAAACACAGGAGCCACCACUGCAAGGAAAAGAUGAGCCCAGCUCAGACCAUGCUGACCCGCCAGAACAAGCCGCUGCCCAGAAACCAUUUCAGAUGCAGAAAUCAACUGAUCCUGAGGAUGACAGUGGAACAGCUGAGACCCAAGUACCUCCAGUACAAGAUACAAAAGACCUGCCAGUGCAAGGUGACAGCAGAAAUUUUUCAGAAACACUUAAAGUUAGAGUUGAAAGGAAACAGGUAAGAGGCCCUGAGGUCCAUGAAACAGCAGGGCAGAAAGAAAAUGAGAGAAAAACUCAGCCACCAGCCCUGGAAGACCAAACAGAGGACGUGAAGAAUCAGGAACUCCAGGAAUCAGCGAAAGGAAAGAAUGCUGAAGAAGACUCUAAGACACAAAAGUUAAGCUCAGAAGGAAGAGAUCAGAAAUAUCUUGAAAUUGAAGGAGGAAUCAGCCCAGGAGAAGAGGCAGGACACGAUGAGGAAGGCACAGCAGAAGUACCUGUGAGCAGCAAAAAUGUCCCUGAAGCAGAAGAGACGCCAGGAGCAAGAGAAGGAACACAGGAGUUGACACGACUCGAGAACCAGUCUGGAGGAGAAAAUAAGAAGGUCACCAAGAUCCAUAACAAGCCAGUCAAGGAGGAUGAUGGUCACCAGAGGGAGGAUCCUGAGCCAAUAGUCACACUGACUGAUGAGAGGUCUUCUGAAACCCCCAGAAGCCUGACUCCGGAAGAUGGUGACAGCAGCUCAGAGACAAGUGGCCUGUCUGUGCAAGGGGAUUCCCAGCGUCAAGCAGACCCACCCAGAGAGUCUGUGCAAGGAAGUCCCAAUAACAACCCAGACCUCCAGCAGCAGGUAGCCCCGGGUGAGAACAACAGAGUUCCGGAGGCAGCGGUGCUGGCAGCUGGGGCAGAGGAUGAGCAGGUCUCCGAGGAACAGGAGUGGCCUGUUGGAAAAGAGCACAGGAGUCAGGGCUCAGGGACCAAAAGCCCAGGCCCAGCAGUGGAGCCCAGUGGACCCCCAGAGGCACAGGAGUCCACAGUGGGAGAUGAAAACAGAAAGUCCCUGGAGACUGGGCCCCUGGGUGUCCUGAAUGCAGGCUUCACGGGCCAGCUCUCCCCAAGGCAGCUCCCUGCAAAGAAAUAUAGAAGACAGGAGCUAAAGGUCCAGGGCUCAAGGACCAAGGAGGAGGAUGGAGCCCCAGAGACCCAGGAGGUGCCAGUACAACGUCUGGAUGAGUACAGUUCAGUCCCCCCGAAGACACACCUGGAGAUGGAGGAACCUGCAAAAUGGGAGGAAGAGGAGGAUGAAAGCCCCCAAGAGCUGGCAGGAGAACAGAAUCUAGCCAAGAAGGAACGUGAUCCUUCAGUCCCCAAGUCAGACAUUGAAGGGAGGAUGCAGAGAGACCGAGGGCUCUGUUCUGUGGCGAGGGGUGCAGUCCGUUCGACUCCACUGUACGAGUACCUGCAGCAGAAAAUACGGCAGCCAACAAACAGAGCUCAAAAGGAGCACCAAAAUCAAGCUCAGCCAGCCAGCGCACCAAGCCCAGCGCUCCGCGGGGACCAGCAGGGUGCACCCCUCACCAGUGAGAUCUCAGAUGGUCCUGUCUCUUUCAGUGACAGCCAAGCAUUACAACAGCACACCAGGGAGCUUCUGCCUGAUGAGAGUCCUGCUGGUGCAAAGCAAACAGCACCUCCCCAGGCCUCGGAACAUAAGCAGGGUCACCCUCAGAGAGAGGAACCACAAAGGGAAGCAAGCACCCCAAAGCAAUGAAUCGCUCUCAUUAUCCCAGGAGAAGUUCCAAAGAACUUUACACAUCUGAACAGGACCCGGCUUCUUCCCUCCCAAUCACCCUCAACACUCCCGCUCACACAUUCAGAGGCAGAUUAGCAAUCCUUUAAAUUCCCUCCCUAAACACACAGAUGGCCAACAAAUUCAUGAAAUCCCCACUAAACUUCAACAAAAUGCAAAUUAAAAAGUUAUUUUGCUUAUCGAACAAGUAUAGGUUGUUUGUUUGUUUGUUUUUAAUUACCACACAGUGUAACAGAGAGUUUGGAGAAACAGAAACUCUGAAAUACAACUGAUAGGUGUAUAAAUGAAUACAACCUUCCAGAAGGCAAUUCAAUAAUACGCACAAAAAUAUUUUAAAUAGUUCUCAACAAUCUAAGGAAGUAAUCAGAGAGAUUUAUGAAGAUUUAUCUACAAAGAUACAUCAUAGUGUAUUAAAGACAGCAGAAAUCCAGAAAUAAUAAAUGUCCAUCAUCUGGGGAAUGGUUAACUAAAUUAUGGUUACCAGAUACUAUGGGAUGCCAAAAAUCAUUAGAAAUUAUAAGGUGAGAUAUUAUGUAAUUAAAUUAGUAUCAUAAGAUACUAAACUUUCAAUGCUUAUAAAAUAGUAGAUAAAAUAUGAUUCCACUCAAAGAUUAAUAGAUGAAUAAACACAGAGUAUGAGACCAAAAUUUUGACAGUAAUUAUC